GCUCUUCAUCUCGGUCUGCUCUUCGCCGCCCCAAGCCCUUGCUCCCCGUCGAACUCUUGGGCUCCCAGCAGCUCAGGACCACCUGGCUCGCACUGCACUCUCUUGAAUCUGCCCAUUCCGCCCCCAUCCAGGCUGGCCGGCCACAAUCAGCCCAAUCGUCCAGCCGGCGGCAAACGCCCUCGCUCCCCGGAUCCUUCCUCCCCGUCGUCCGGCCCGGCCAACUCCGACAGCAAGCGUCCCAGGCCCUGGUCGUCCUUUGCAGAGCCGCCUCUGGUGGAUCCCGCCCAUCAUCUCUUCCCAGAUCCUCUCGCCUCCAUGACGGCAGGCACCCGCUCGCCCAAAUCGGCCCAGCCCGGCCCCAGCAACUCUCGGUCGCCACCAGCAUCGCAGUCGCGCUCGCCCGAGCCGUCCCGCUCCUCCCCUUCCUCGGCUUCCGGACACCACCUGCAGCCUGUUCGUCGCAAGUCCAAGUUUCGCGAGGAAGAGAUUGUUCGGGUCAUUGUCCAGUCUCUCUACGAGCUGGGAUAUGGGAAAUCUGCCCAAACACUGGAGGAAGAAUCAGGCUUUACGCUCGAGUCGGCAUCCAUCGGGGGCUUUCGAGCCAGCUUGCUAGCCGGCAGUUGGGACUCUGCCGAGUCAACCCUGGGCCAGAUGAGACUGCGACCGGGUGAAGAAAAGAUAAUCAGGUACCUGAUUCGAAAGCAAAAGUUUAUGGAGCUCCUGGCGAAGCAGCAAGUGCCUGGGGCCCUGCAUAUUCUUCGAACGGAAAUCACGCCGUUGGAUAUCGACCAGGAGGAGCUUCAUCGCCUCACAAGAUAUGUGGUUAUAGGCAAACCCCCACAGUCACAAACAUCGCCAUCAGAAAUGCGCCAGGAGCUUCUCAAGGAAGUUGAAGGCCAUAUUUCUUCUCAGCUUGUGAUUCCGGCAAAUCGUCUCGAGACCCUGCUGGAGCAAUCUUUACUCUACCAAACCAAUGCUUGUGUCUAUCACGAUUGCGCAGACAUGGAUCUGUCGCUGUUCGAGAAUCACCAAUGCACCCGAUCCCAGUUCCCAUGCACCACCAAUGCGGUGCUGGAUGAACAUACGGACGAAGUUUGGUUUGUGGCCUUCUCACCGGACGGAAACUAUCUGGCAUCGGCAUCCAAGGACAACAAGGUCAUCAUCUGGAGCUGCGAGGAUUGGUCGGUGUAUCACAUGCUUCCCACCACAAAGGACCCUGUUGCCUUCCUGGCGUGGAGCCCGGACAGUACCUUCAUCUUGGCACUCCCUCACGACCAGAUAUUCAAGCUAUGGAAUGCCAAGAUUGGCGUUGCCGAGCGCACCUUCUCGCGCCAUACCGAGCCGGUAACCUCAUGCGCCUGGUUACUGGACAGCAAGCGCUUCGUCACCGGUGGGCUCGAUAAAACCAUCUAUCUCUGGAACGUCAAUGGCGAGCAGCUGUUCAGGUGGUCGAGCACCGCCCGCAUCCAAGACCUCGCCAUUCCCGCGGACGGCUCGCUUCUUAUCGCCGUCAUGGGCCGCGAUAUCAAAUUCUAUGACCUUGCCGGCGACAAAUCCGAGAUCGGGGUCUUUACAGGAUUUGACGAGACCACCAGCAUAUGCGUCUCAAGUGACGGUCGAUAUCUGCUGUUCAAUACGUCCAUCCAGGAAAUCCAUCUGUGGGAUAUCCGUGAGCGCAAGUUUCUCCGCAAAUACGUUGGGCAGAAACAAGGGCGAUUCCUGAUCCGAUCUUGUUUCGGCGGAAAGGAGCAGAACUUUGUUCUGAGUGGAAGCGAAGAUGGUGCCAUCUACAUAUGGCGACGCGAGAGUGCGAGCCUGAUCGAGUUACUGGAGGGCCAUGAAGGCUGCGUCAACCAUGUGGCAUGGAACCCAGGCCUGCGAGUGUUUGCAUCUGCCUCGGACGACCACACUAUCCGGAUCUGGGCGGGGGAAAGCGACGGUCCAGGAAAGCAAGAGUAGCGCCGAAGCACGGAUGUUUGAGGGGUGCGAUCGUAUCGGUACCAGCGCGAUCGUCAGCCACGGCCGGCAAAGUUGGGCAAGCUCCGGCCCUUGAGUGGAGUGCGGGCUUGCUCAUGAGACCCAUCCGUGCACAGCAUGUUCAGAAUAAAACCGGACGCAAUUGCAGUCA